UCAAUAUUUUCAUGGUGAAACUUCUGUUGUCCACAUUUUCAACAUUUUUGGGAAAUUUUUGAAAAAUUUUUGGUGGAAAAAAAAAUUGUUUUAUUAAGAAUAUUCACCAAAAAAUCAACCAAAAUCCAGCCAAUUUGGCUGGAUUUUGGUUGAUUUUUGUUUCCUGAACGUUCUUAAAGAAAAUAUCAGAAGUUUUACUGAUGUGUAUGGAAUCACUUUAGAUAUUUUUAGGAUUUUUAAAAAAGAUUUUUACUCAUUUUUUGAAUGUACUGUUGUUGUUUACGGUUGUUGUUGCUUACAGUUGUUGGUGUUUACUGUGGUUGUUGUUGUUGUUUAUGGUUGUUGUUUACGGGUGUUGUUGUUUUUGUUUACGAUUGUUUUUGUUUGUUUGUUGUUGUUUGCAGUUUUUAUUUAUGGAUGUUGUUUAUGCUUGUUGUUGUUGAUUAUGGUUGUUGUUGUUUGUUUGUUGUUGUUUAUGUUUGUUGUUGUUGUUUAUGGGUGUUGUUGUUUAUGGUUGUUGUUGUUGUUGUUAUUUAUUGUUGUUUAUGUUUGUUGUUGUUUCAGGUUGUUAUUGUUGUUUGUUUUUCUUGUUUAUGGUUGUUGUUGUUGUUUAUCAUUGUUUUUUAUGGUUGUUGUUUAUGGUUAUUUCAGGUUGUUGUUGUUGUUGUUGUUGUUUGUUUUUGUUAUUUAUGGUUGUUGUUGUUUAUCAUUGUUAUUUAUGGUUGUUGUUGUUUAUCAUUGUUGUUGUUUAUGGUUGAUGUUGUUCAUCGUUGUUGUUAUUUAUGGUUGAUGUUGUUCAUCGUUGUUGUUGUUUAAGGUUGGUGUUGUUUAUGGUUGUUGUUGUUUAUGGUUGUUGUUGUUGUUUAUGGUUGUUGUUGUUGUUGUUGUUUAUUGUUGUUUAUGUUUGUUGUUGUUUCAGGUUAUUGUUGUUUGUUUUUCUUGUUUAUGGUUGUUGUUGUUGUUUAUCAUUGUUUUUUAUGGUUGUUGUUUAUGGUUAUUUCAGGUUGUUGUUGUUGUUGUUUGUUUUUGUUGUUUAUGGUUGUUGUUGUUUAUCAUUGUUAUUUGUGGUUGUUGUUGUUCAUCAUUGUUGUUGUUUAUGGUUGAUGUUGUUCAUCGUUGUUGUUAUUUAUGGUUGUUGUUUAUGCCGGUUGUUGUUGUUUAAGGUUGGUGUUGUUUAUGGUUGUUGUUGUUUAUGGUUGUUGUUGUUGUUUAUGGUUGUUGUUGUUUCACGUUGUUGUUUAUGGUGGUUGUUGUUUAAGGUUGUUGUUAUUUAUUGUUGAUGUUAUUUAUGGUGGUUGUUGUUUAAGGUUGUUGUUGAUGUUGUUUAAGGUUGUUGUUGUUUAUGGUUGUUGUUGUUUAUUGUUGUUAUUUAUGGUUGAUGUUGUUGUUUAUGGUUGGUGGUAGAGGUGAAACAGCUAAUCGAUUAAGAUUAAUUAUUAAAAUAGUUGUCAAUUAUUUUGGUCAUCGAUUAGUUGGUUAAUAAGUCUGUUUUUACCGUAAGCGUCAUGUUUCACGCAUAUUUUAAACCAGCCUGUAAUCGCGGUGACCAGGUGUGGCAGUAAUGAGCCAGUGUAGGUUUUAUGUAACCAGAACUGCAGGAGAAGAAGCAAACAACCAAUAGUUUGCCUUGCUUUAGGUCACAUGAUGUUCACUCAUAGACUCGCGCUCAGCGGCUGUGUACUCACUGGGAAAGUCCAACAGGAGGUCCUCACAUACUUCGGUGAGAAGCCAGUUUUCAAGGGAGAAAAUCCGUUACAGUGGUGGAAGUCAAAUGAGGUGAAGUACCCCUUUUUGUCAAGGUGAGCAAAGUCCUACCUCUGUAUACCAAGCACUACUACACCAGCAGAGCGGCUGUUUUCUGCAGCAGGGAAUAUAGCCUCUAAAAAGAGAGCUAGCCUUAGCCCAGAGCAUGUGGACAUGCUAACAUUUUUGCACUGCAAUACAAAGUUCAUGAUUCAUUCAUUAGACGAAUGUUUACAUUGUUUGUAAAAUUCACUUGUUUACUCUAAAUAUUCAGUUUUUUUAACUCUUAAAAAUGUGACUUCCAUUUAGGAUCCUGAAAUGACACUUUAUUUUAAGUUUUGUUUACAGUUUCACAGCAUGUUAAUAAGCGAUAAAACUCGUUCUCAGGUGAAAUCUGUGUUUUUUUGGAUAAAAUAAAAUGCAGUUAACAGCAAAAUAGUUUCUAUUUAUUUAGUUCUAAUAUAGUUCACUACUUUUGGAGCCCUUACUUGUGAUAUUAUUGUAGUAUAGCUUAAAACACAUGGGUGACCAGAAAAUGCUUCUCUACAGGAAAGAUGUUUUUAAAGUAUAAAUGUUGCCUUGGUGAAACUUCAUUUAAGAUCUUGUGACGUUGGAUGUAUGAGUAUGGAUGUGUUGAUGAGUCACUGUUUGAUUGCUGCUAAUUGAGACAAACUAAAAUCCAACUCUGGAUAGGUUUUUGAAGAAUUUAGAACAUUGUAACAUGGUUAAAAGCUCUUAAAAUGUACGUUGAAUGAUAUAGGCCCUUUAUUAAUAUUUUACAUUGGAAAAUAAAGGUUGUUGUUGAUGUUUACGGUUGUUGUUGGUGUUGUUGUUGUUUAUGGUUGUUCUUGUUGUUGUUUAUGGUGGUUGUUGUUUAUGGUGGUUGUUGUUUACGGUUGUUGUUUAUGGUUGUUCUUGUUUAUGGUUGUUCUUGUUUAUGGUGGUUGUUUACAGUUGUUUUCGUUUCAGGUUGUUGUUGAUGUUUAUGGUGGUUGUUGUUGUUUACAGUUGUUGUUGUUGUUGUUUCAGGUUGUUGUUGUUGAUGUUUAUGGUGGUUGUUGUUUACGGUUGUUGUUGCUUAUGGUUGUUGUUGUUGUUUAUGGUUGUUGUUUCAGGUUGUUGUUGUUUCAGGUUGUUGUUGUUGUUAUUGUUUAUGGUUGUUUACAGUUGUUGUUGCUUAUGGUUGUUGUUGUUGUUGCUUAUGGUUGUUGUUUCAGGUUGUUGUUGUUGAUGUUUAUGGCGGUUGAUGUUUACGGUUGUUGUUGCUUAUGGUUGUUGUUGUUGUUUAUGGUUGUUGUUGUUGAUGUUUAUGGUGGUUGUUGUUUACGGUUGUUGUUGCUUAUGGUUGUUGUUGUUUAUGGUUGUUGUUUCAGGUUGUUGUUGUUUCAGGUUGUUGUUGUUGUUAUUGUUUAUGGUUGUUUACAGUUGUUGUUGCUUAUGGUUGUUGUUGUUGUUGCUUAUGGUUGUUGUUUCAGGUUGUUGUUGUUGUUGAUGUUUAUGGCGGUUGAUGUUUACGGUUGUUGUUGCUUAUGGUUGUUGUUGUUGUUUAUGGUUGUUGUUGUUGAUGUUUAUGGUGGUUGUUGUUUACGGUUGUUGUUGCUUAUGGUUGUUGUUGUUUAUGGUUGUUGUUUCAGGUUGUUGUUGUUUCAGGUUGUUGUUGUUGUUAUUGUUUAUGGUUGUUUACAGUUGUUGUUGCUUAUGGUUGUUGUUGUUGUUGCUUAUGGUUGUUGUUUCAGGUUGUUGUUGUUGUUGAUGUUUAUGGCGGUUGAUGUUUACGGUUGUUGUUGCUUAUGGUUGUUGUUGUUGAUGUUUAUGGUUGUUGUUGUUGAUGUUUAUGGUGGUUGUUGUUUACGGUUGUUGUUGCUUAUGGUUGUUGUUUCAAGUUGUUGUUGUUGUUAUUGUUUAUGGUUGUUUACAGUUGUUGCUUAUGGUUGUUGUUGUUGUUGUUUAUGGUUGUUGUUUCAGGUUGUUGUUGUUGAUGUUUAUUGCGGUUGUUGUUUACGGUUGUUGUUGUUGUUGUUAUUGUUUAUGGUUGUUUACAGUUGUUGCUUAUGGUUGUUGUUGUUGUUGUUUAUGGUUGUUGUUUCAGGUUGUUAUUGUUUCAGGUGGUUGUUGUUCUGACAUUCAGCCUUUCAGCAGCUGUUCAAACAGUGUGUAGUGAAUGGCAGCAGACUUGUAGGUUUAUAAACUGAUGACUUGUCCUCAGUGUGGAUCUUAACGCUGCAGCUGAGAUCACAGCAGAGAGAACAUGAUGUCUUCAGGAGGUCCUCUUCAUUCCCACCUCUCCUGCUGUUAACUGAAUCACACUGAACUGCUCUCGUUAUCUGCUGGAUGCAUCAAUUAGCCAGAUCUGAGCGCCGGGACACCGUCCAACCGUCAUGAAUUCUGGCUGUAAUCUGGUGAACUGGCGGGGAUCUGCAGAACCCAAUUAGGGGAAGCCGUCUGCUGCUGGCAGCGACUGGAGGACAAAGAUCCACGAAAAAAAAACGUUUCUGACUUCAGCCUGAACACGAUGAACUGAGAGGCUUUAGUUUGUCGUCUGAUCUCAGAAAUCAGUCCGUUUACAGCGUUAGCAGGGUCACUUUAAAGGUCUAUGAGUUAAACACUGCUAAAAAUCACUCACCUGGACAGGUAACAGUCUGCCACAUAGAGACAAACAUUCACAGCUCCAGAUAAUCUGGAAUCGUUCACCCUGGUGUCGUCCUGUGUUCAGAUUGAUCCGUUUUAAAGUUUGAAAAUGUGGAACAAAACUAUUUUCACAGUGAAACUUCUGAUGUUGAACAUCUUCAACUUUUUUUUUAAACUUUUUGAACAUUUUUUGGUGGAAAAAAAAAAGUUUCUUUCAGAACAUUCACCAAAAAAUCAACCAAAAUCCAGCGGGCACCAAAGAAUAUAGUUUCCUUCUCUUAAAAAUAAAUCCAAAAAUUCAGCAAAAAAUUUCGACAAAUUUCUGAAAAUUUGCAAAACCUUCAGAAGAAAAUUCCUUUAAUUCCUUCAAGUUUCUUUUGAAAGUUUUUUAAUCCCCCAAACCUGGUAUGAAAAUUCUUGUAAAUAUUUUUUUAUGCAAUAAGUUAAAAUCUUCCAAAUAAAAUCCUAAAAAUAUCUAAAAUGAUUCCAUAUAUAUCAGUAAACCUUCUGGUAUUUUCUGUAAGAACGUGCACAUAAAGGUGAUGUUCUUCAGAACCUUUUUUAACUUUUUUAAUGAUCCUGUCCUUCUGGUGGCUGAAGCUGCCGUCCAUCCCAGACGGUUUGUUCCUGAUAAACUGAAUCAGACGCAGCAGAAGCGACGCCGCCUCCAUUUUCCUGCAGCUUUUAAAAUGGAAGUUUGAACCAGAGGCUGCUGCUGGUAGAAAAAGAGUUAAAAGAGAAACACCGUGGGUUUCCUCCUGAGUCCUGGUUCACGGCUCGGCCCCAUCUUUGCUCUGGCAGUGAUUCCCUGUUUGCUCAGGCGGCAGUGGAGGCUGCAGCUGAGCACCGUGCUGCUUUAUAUUUAUACUUCUGUACCAGUGUGGCGUUACGUAAGCUCCUCGCUGCAUUGUCUCUCUGCUCCCAGCGUUUCUGAUGGAGCCUCAUGCUAAUCACCUCCAUGCACUGAGGAGGAGCUGCCUGAAGCCUCCACCAUCUCCAGCUGAGCCUCGGUGUGCUUUCACGGCUCUAAUCACUGCAGAUAAUUAGUUGUGCUGCUGCAGAAGCUCCUCGCUAAUAUUUCUGGAGUCGUUGUGCUGUCAGGGAGCAUCGCCCGGAUUAGAUGCAUUUAUGGGGAUAAAAAUAGAGCCGUGAUAAUGCGUCCCCUCUAAACGCCGUACAUCUUGUUUGUAGGAACCGUGGGGUUGGGAUUAGUCUCCCAGCUCCUCUCUGAAAUGAGCUGUCGGUCAUUCUGACGGCAAAGUUUUUUAAUCUUUUCCAGUUUUUGGAGCGCCUCAAAUGCGGCCGUCAGUCCGACUGGAAGUCCAUCUGAGGAAAGUUCAGAAAGAGCUCCUUCAAAGUUUCUAACCCUGGUGUCGUCCCGCCGGUCCGAAUCGACCCGUUUUAAAACUUUAGAAAAGUGGGAAAAAAUUGAAACUUCUCAUGUCCACAUUUUUGGGAAAUUCGUCAACAUUUUUUGGUGGAAAAAAAAAGUUUCCUGAGAACAUUCACAAAAAAUGUUUUUUUGUGAAUGAAGAAAAUACAACAAGUUUUACUGAUAUGUAUGGAACCACCUUAGAUA